CUUCCUCCAAAACACUUUCCGCUCGAUAAUUGACCUCCAGUCCGCUCUUUUCAGUCUGUUGGAAGCCUUCUACCCGCCUCGCUCCCCCUACACCCUGCAACAAUGAUCGUCGACGGCGUCAAAGUCAGAUACGACGACCCUCCCCCGUCGUUCCAUGCCGCGACAGGCAUGCCCAUAUCGUCCAGGGCUUCGACCUCCAGUUCGACCACUGCCCACGACAACAAUCUGCUCCUCCCAUCCAAUCGCACGUCGCCGACUCUCCCUCCAAUGGCCAACGAAGAGAACCCAUUCCUUAAUCCAUCCGAAUCGACGCUAUAUUCAGGCUCAGCGCCCAGUACGCCGCCCACCGCCCACACGCCUACCGCGAAAUCCAAGCAACGUGCCCCGCCAGACGUUCCAUACCGCAAUAGAGAGGCGUCCUCGAGCACGGCAGGCCUGAUUCGUGGCUCGAUUUCGUCCAGGGAGUAUCCAAACGGCCCCAGCAAUCCCAGCAAUCGUGACCUGGAGGCGCAACACCAGCCUUCGGAAAAAGCGACGGCGGGAGUAAAAAAGAACGCCAGUAACAGCCCAUUCAGAGCGAUGACCCUAGGUCUCCUCAUGCUCUGCACUGUCAGCUUUUGGAUAGCGGGUUAUUUCGUUCUCGCUAUGGCGAUGGUGGUGAAUGCGAUGGGGAUGUUUUUGACGGGUCUGGGCAAUGCGAUCAAGUCGCCGCAUGACUGGGUUCUACGGAAGUACCAGGUGGAGGAGUGAACCGGGGCAAUCACGCUUUGGAAUGAGUCCUCGGCAAGAUAUUGAAUAGA